ACUCCUAAAUACACAGCUAUGUUGUCACCAAUGCAUCUGAGAAAAGCCAAGUUGAUGUUUUUCUAUGUGAGGUAUCCAAGUUCAUCAAUUCUUAAAGUCUACUUCCCUGACAUUAAAUUCAACAAAAAUAAUACAGCACAACUUGUCAAGUGGUUCAGCAAUUUUAGGGAAUUUUUCUAUAUUCAAAUGGAGAAAUAUGCCAGACAAGCUUUAGCCGAGGGUUGUAAACAUCCUGAAGAAUUACAUGUAUCUACUGACUCAGAAUUAUUCCGAGUUUUAACACUUCAUUAUAAUAGAAAUAAUCAAUUAGAGGUGCCAGAUAGUUUCAGAAGAUGUGCUCAGUGUAGUUUAAGAGAGUUCUUCAGAUCUAUUAUCAGUGGAAAGGAUGCUGAACCUUCUUGGAAGAAAGCAAUCUAUAAAGUCAUUGCUAGAUUAGAUGAAUCUUUACCAGAAUAUUUUAAAUCACCUAACUGGAUGGAACAACUUGAAAAUGUGUAAUCUUUAAAACUCUUUAAAACCCAGAAAAAACUACAGAAGUGUUCAAAUAUUUCCUAAGACUCAAAUUUGUAUUUUUUAUCUUGAAACGCUGUAUUUUUCAUUAUAUAUAUAUAAAUGAUAUAUGGCAAUGAUGUUUUUUAAUCAAAAAUAACACAUGGAUCAUGAUAAUGUUUUUUUAACAAAGAUCAUGAUAAGGUGUUUUAACAAUAAUAAUGAUAAUGUUUUUAGACAAUGAUCAUGAUAAUGUGUUUUAACAAUGAUAAUGUUUGUUAACAAUGAUCAUGAUAAUGUUUUUUAACAAUGAUCAUGAUAAUGUUUUUAAACAAUGAUCAUGAUAAUGUUUUUAAACAAUGAUCAUGAUAAUGUUUUUUAACAAUGAUCAU